AUGAGACCGCCUACACUGCCCUAUGCCUCUAUCGAUGAAAGAGUGGUCCCAAACCUCGUGAGUAGCACGUUUGGACAACAACACCGGGAAGGAUUCUGUGCCUUUGUGGAUGCCCGUUUCUCAGGCAUCUUCUAUGGAUUUAGUACACGAGUAGAGGUCAACUGGGUCGAAGUGGCGCGUCAACAGCAAGGGCAGGAUAAUAAGGCACUUGACAUCGCUCUACAAUGUCUUGGGAGUCUACAGCUCGGGCAAGCGAAUAGCGAUGAGCGGCUCGUUUUGCAAAGUCGCGAAAUGUAUGGCCGUGCACUGCAACAGCUGGUCAGGGCACUCAACACCCCGUCUUUAGUCCGGGCGGACAAAACCCUCGGUGCAUCAAUUCUCCUUGGCCUAUACGAAGCGGUGAGUGGUAUGGAUCAAAACUCCUGGAUGCUGCACUCAGGGGGCAUUGGAUGCCUUUUCCAGCUUCGAGGAGCACACGCCCAUGUCCAAGGGUUUGCUAGGACCUUGCUGGUGUCCUUUCGCAGCUUUCUAGUGUUCGAUGCUUUUAUGCGCGGCGAAAGGUGCUUUCUAGAAGAUCAGAAAUGGCGAGAUAUUAUUCCGGAUAUUAUUAAAGAUGAAGAACGGCGCGGAAAGUCCUCUCCCCUCGGCGAGCUGCUUGAAUAUGCAUUUUAUGAUAUUUCUUGUUGCCCUGGAUUCUUGGCCAAAACAAGAAGAAUCGUUAUGUGCCCCCAAGAAGAUGAGAGUGAGAAAAAAGAUCUGACACAUCGCAUAUCUCUCUGUCGAGAGGGGCUGUCUCGAAUCCAAGCUGAUAUGCUGGCCCAUUUUGAUGCUGUCAAUCAAGUUCCCCAAGGGAAUAGCAAAGAAUUCAUUGGGUCAAUCCCUAAUACGGCAGCCAGUAAGAUGGGAAAGUUUUGCUUGCAGGGAAUCGAAUCGGCUGUCGCCUUGCUAGAUCAAUUAUUGAGAGUCAUCAGAUCCAAUGACUCCUUGAGGAAAUCUGGUGCGUCAAGAUCGAAAUUCUUGUCAUUGAUGGACCCUCUGGCUUUGGUCAACAAUGCCAAAACAGGAAUCACGCCAGAGAAGGACGCGCGUACGUCCCCAAAGCCAGAUAGUGAAAGUAUGGUCACUUGGCAUGAUCGCUUGUGUAUGUCGAUGGGCAUGAUGAAAGACAUGCCGCCAAAUUGA